GAUUUGAAAGAUUGACGUUCUGCUGAGAUGCACAGUGAAGGAAACCAGAAUUCUCAGAGGAAGAAGUUUGGUUUAGUAGCAGUUGGUAUAACUGGAGCUGUAGCCAUAGGCCUUUCCGUCGUGUCUGCCUCCUUUGUAACACCAGCACUGAGGAAAAUUUGUCUUCCUUAUGUACCAGCUACAAGUCGACAAGUUGGAAAUGUUAUUAAAAUGUGCAAUAGACAUCGAAGAUCGAACAGCAAUGUGGAUAAAUUAAUAGACUUGGGCAGUGGUGAUGGAAGAAUUGUCUUUGAGGCUGCUAAAAAUGGUUAUGAAGCACUGGGAGUAGAGCUCAAUUUCUGGUUAGUCGUCUACUCAAAGAUAGCUGCUAGGUUAAAAGGUCUUCAAAAUAAAGCGAAAUUUCAAAGGAAAGACUUAUGGACAGUAGAUCUUUCAGGAUAUGAUAAAAUUAUAAUAUUUGGAGUAUCUGAAAUGAUGCCAACCCUGAAAGAAAAAUUAGAGAGAGAAAUGAAAUAUGGUUGUAAAGUUGUUGCAUGUAGAUUUCCAAUGCCAUCGUGGACACCAGUGACAAGUUUGGAUGAAGGUAUUGACAGUGUAUGGGUCUAUGAUUCUGUGAAUAUGCCUAAAAAAGAUAAGAUGAAAGCAUGACUAUAAUUUAUGUAGUACAAAUGACUGUUCAUUUUAAAUUUUAGAAAUGAUGGUUGAAAAUAGUUGAAUUGAAUUCAUGGCACCAGCUGCUUAGC